GGCAGGGCAGAGCUAGUAUUUUCAAGAAAGAAGUGUACUCAGUCACUUUGUUAAUAACCAUUUCAUAUGUGAUUUAACAACGUCCGGUAGACAAGCAAAGUCGAUCUAACCAACAGUUGUCACAGUGCUUGUCUUCAGCCGUGUUCGUGCUACCAGCAAAAAAAUGGCCAGCAAGUUAACACAAGAGCAGAUCACAGAGUAUAAAGGAGUUUUCGAGAUGUUCGAUGAAGAGGGAAAUGGAGAUGUGAAGACACAGGAGCUGGAGAGACUGAUGAGUUUAAUGGGAAUUAAUCCUACAAAGAGAGAGCUCUGCCAGAUGGCCAAAGAUGUGGACAGAGAUGGUAAAGGAAUAUUUAACUGUGACAGCUUCCUGGGUCUGAUGGCACUAUACCACGAAAGAACCAAGAACCAGGAUGCUGAACUCAGAGCUGCUUUUAAAGUAUUUGAUAAAGAGGCCAAGGGAUAUAUUGACUGGAACACACUCAAAUAUGUACUGAUGAAUGCAGGAGAGCCACUUAAUGAGAUCGAAGCGGAACAGAUGAUGAAGGAGGCAGAUAAAGAUGGAGAUGGAACCAUCGAUUAUGAAGAAUUUGUGGCCAUGAUGACGGGGGACUUGUUUAAAAUGAGCUGAAGACUCAAUAAAGGAAUCGACUCUCACUUUGAACCCUGUGGAUACUCUGCAGCAGUUUUGUGCUCCAGUGGCACAUGAUUAUAAAACAAGAAGACCGGUCAUUUUUCUGUGUU